AUGAGCCUCGGGGGUGCUUUGGGUAACGAGGUGCACCUUGUAAAAGGAAAUGUUUCCUUUUAUGAGGAGACUCGACUUCUAGAUAAGGGAAAGCUUGUAGUUAAGGAGAGCUCUGUAGAUUGGGAUGGCGAAAAUCGCCACUUUUCCCUGCUUUAUCCCAAUAUCUGUCUUCAUGCUGUUAGUCGUGAUCCCUAUGGUGGAGACGAGAAUGUUAAGUUCCCUUAUCCACACGUCUUCCUCAUGGUUGAUGGGGAACGAGUUUGGUCGAACGGCGAGCCUCCACUCUCCGGCCAUGGUGAUAACGGAAUGGAAGUGGAUGACGAAGAAAACAGUGAUGAAGAGGAUGGAGUCUAUGCUGCUGACGAAGAGAAAACUACCUUUAAUCUUCGUUUUGUUCCGGCUGAUCAACGUGACUUAGACGACCUCUACACUGCGAUCGCGGAAUGCCAGGCUCUGAACCCUGAUCCAGAAGACUUAUCCGAAGAUGAACUUGGGAGCAUCCAUGAUGAUGAGGAUGGGAACGAUGGAGACGACAACGAGGAGGUCGACCCCGAGAACUUUACCGAUAACUGA